AUGAGUCAUAGAUCUAUAAUAUCUAUGAUGAUGAUGAUGAUGAUGAUGAUGAUGAUGAUGAUGAUGAUGAUGAUGAUGAUGAUGAUGAUGAUGAUGAUGAUGAUGAUGAUGAUGAUGAUGAUGAUGAUGAUGAUGAUGAUGAUGAUGAUGAUGAUGAUGAUGAUGAUGAUGAUGAUGAUGAUGAUGAUGAUGAUGAUGAUGAUGAUGAUGAUGAUGAUGAUGAUGAUGAUGAUGAUGAUUAAUGACGGUUAUUAUUAUUAUUAUUAUUAUCAUUCUAUUUCCACAAAUCAAUCAUUCAAGUAA